AUGAAUUCUGGUAAGUGCUCUGUUGACUGGAUUGAUUCAUUAGACAGGCAAGCACUGCUCAGACAGUUAAGCAGAAAUAAUCUCCCUACCAAUGGAUCUGUUGAACUCCUAAAGUCACGCUUAAAGAGUUUCAUGGAAAAAAGAAAAUUAGCAUCAUUUGACAAUUCCUACAACAAUGUGAAGACUUUGUUUCCGUACUAUGUCGUUUUGGAUUUUGAAGCAACAUGUAAUGAAGUAAACCCACCUGAGUUUGAACACGAAAUCAUAGAGUUUCCAGCUGUAUUAGUAGACACUGAGAAACUGUCCAUCGUCGACCAUUUUCAAGCUUUUGUCAAGCCUGUUUUAAAUCCAAUACUAACUCCAUUCUGCAAAAAACUCACAGGAAUUCAACAGGAACAAGUGGACACUGCAGCGGAGUUUCCGGAAGUGUUGGCACAGUUUGAACAGUGGCUCAGCAAAAAUAAACUUGGCACAAAAAACAAAUUUGCAAUGGUGACAGACGGGCCGUGUGACAUGGGCCGCUUCUUGUUUGGACAAUGUGAUAUAUCUAAUAUUGACUAUCCAAACUUUGGGAAGACGUGGGUCAAUCUAAAAAAAUGUUUUUCACAAUUCUACAAAUGCGACAGACUAAGACUACAGCUGAUGCUGGAGAAGCUAGGUAUGGAGUUUGAAGGGCAUCCCCACUGUGGUCUGGACGAUGCCACCAACAUCGCACACAUCCUCAUACGUAUGAUACAGGACGGAGCGUCCGUUGACAUCAAUGAGAGGAUACAGCUGAGGCACAAACUCACUCCGAAGAGUAAUGUAGAGAAUCAAGCCAGUUCUUCCAAUAAGCCUGCCUGGCCAGUGAGACCUGUACAUAACAACGCCUACUCCAGGACAUACUCACAAGCUUUUAAAGACAAACAGGCUGCUGCAGAGAAAGAGAAACAACCGACAAAUCACCAUCAAUAG